AGCAGAACCGUGUGGGAUUUUGGCUUCCUUCCUCCUGUGUUUGAGCUCCAUCUCUACCAGCAACAUGAGCUGCCAAUUCACCUCCAAGUCUGGAGCUGCCACCAAGGGAGGCUUCAGCGGCUCCUCAGCAGUGCUCUCUGGGGGCAGCUCAUCCUCCUACAAGGCAGGGGGCAAAGGGCUUAGUGGGGGCUUCAGCAGUCGGAGCCUCUACAGCCUGGGAGGCACCCGGAGCAUCUCCCUCAACAUGGCCGGUGUCAACGGAAAGAGUGGAGGCUAUGGGUUUGGCCGGGGCCGGGGCCGGGCCAGUGGUUUUGCUGGCAGCAUGUUUGGCUGUGUGGCCCUGGGGCCCGUGUGUCCAACUGUGUGCCCACCUGGAGGCAUCCAUCAGGUCACCAUCAACGAGAGCCUCCUGGAACCCCUCAAAGUGGAGCUGGACCCUGAGAUCCAGAAAGUGCGUGCCCAGGAAAGGGAGCAGAUCAAGGCACUGAACAACAAAUUUGCCUCCUUCAUUGACAAGGUGCGAUUCCUGGAGCAGCAGAACCAGGUGCUGGAAACCAAGUGGGAGCUGCUGCAGCAGCUGGACCUGAACAACUGCAAGAAUAACCUGGAGCCCAUCCUUGAGAGCUACAUCAGCAACCUGCGGAAGCAGCUGGAGACACUGUCUGGGGACAGAGUGAGGCUGGACUCAGAGCUGAGGAAUGUGCAGGACAUUGUGGAGGACUACAAGAAGAGGUACGAGGAGGAAAUCAACAGGCGGACAGCUGCAGAGAACGAGUUUGUGCUGCUCAAGAAGGAUGUGGAUGUGGCGUACGCCAAUAAGGUGGAGCUGCAGGCCAAGGUGGACUCCAUGGACCAGGAUAUCAAAUUCCUCAAGUGUCUCUUUGAUGCUGAGAUCACUCAGAUCCAGUCACAUAUCAGCGACAUGUCUGUCAUUCUGUCCAUGGACAACAACCGCAACCUGAACCUGGACAGCAUCAUUGAUGAGAUCCGCAGUCAGUACGAGGAGAUCGCCCUGAAGAGCAAGGCCGAGGCUGAAGCCCUGUAUCAGACCAAGUUCCAGGAACUGCAGCUGGCAGCUGGCCAACAUGGGGAUGACCUCAAAAACACCAAGAAUGAAAUCUCGGAGCUCACUCGGCUCAUCCAGAGGAUCCGCUCAGAGAUUGAGAAUGUGAAGAAGCAGGCUUCCAAUCUAGAGACAGCCAUCGCUGAUGCUGAGCAGCGGGGAGACAAUGCCCUGAAGGAUGCCCAGGCCAAGCUGGACGAGCUGGAGGCAGCCCAGCACCAGGCCAAGGAGGAGCUGGCCCGGAUGCUGUGUGAGUACCAGGAGCUCAUGAGCCUGAAGCUGGCCCUGGACAUGGAGAUCGCCACCUACCGCAAGCUGCUGGAGAGUGAGGAGUGCAGAAUGUCAGGAGAAUUUCCCUCCCCUGUCAGCAUCUCCAUCAUCAGCAGCACCAGUGGCGGCUUCCGGCCCAGCUCGGUCAGCGGCGGCUACGUGGCCAACAGCACCAGCUGUAUCUCUGGAGUGUGCAGUGUCCGCAGCGGGGAGGGCAGGAGCCGAAGCAGUGCCAGUGAUUGCAAGGAUACCCUGGGCAAGGGCUCUAGCCUGAGUGCCCCCUCCAAGAAAUCCAGCCGGUAG